UUUUACAUCAGGUUGAAGGCAGUAUAAAAUGUAUCACUUAAGGUUUAUCUAGGUUAAUAAAAUUAAAUAUGAAUGAGUGGCUUUGAAUAUGAAUAAGGUGAACACAGCAAGAGUUAUACAUGUAUUUAAAUUAUCGUUGUUUUCAAAAUGAAUGGAAUUAUUCUGCAAUAUGCUAUAUGGAACCGACCAGAGACAUUGUAGUAUCAUCUUUCAAGAAUUUAUUGACCAGUGGUCAGUUGUAUGAUGUUUUGAUUUAGUUAUAUACCCUGGAUUAAUUAGUGUGGAUUUAAGUGUUGAUAAUAUGCAGAUAGUCGGAUGAAAAGCAGCUGAAUGAGUUAAAGGAAUAUUGAUAUUAUAUGUUGGCAAAAAACUAGUAAUGGAGGAAAGCAUCAAUGCUGCUAAAAUGGCAAAACUUCUAGCAAUAUUGCGGAAGCUGUCAAUGGAGAACAUAUCCGGGAUCCUCAAUACAUCGCUUCCUACUCCAAGUCAUGGACAACCAGUGUCCACAGCGGAGGCGUUCCGAAUAGCUGCACCAGCGGCCAUGAUGAUCGACCGAAUAGUCACGCCCAUUUGGUACGUCAUCGGUAUUAUAGGAAAUCCUAUAACCAUGAAAAUCUGGUUGUCUAAACGUAUGCGAGAGUCAAACUCUUCCGCUAUCUACAUCGGUUCCAUAGCGAUUGUUCACUUCAUUUUCAUAUGGCUUCAUCUGUUACUAGAACUUCAUAUAGCAUGGGGCAUUUCAACAUAUAACAAGCCGACAUUGUGUGAAAUAUUCAACUUUUUAUACAUCAUACCGCAAUAUUUAGCCCCGCUUCUUAUUCUUGGCUUCACGACAGAGAGAUAUAUUGCCGUCUGCUUACCUUUCAAAAAGGAACAAUUCUGCACCGUUCGUCGGGCAUGUAUAGUGGUGUUUGUCUUGACAGUAUUUUCUUUUCUCCUGGGAUCUGUGCAAAUGUACAUGUGGACUUUUAACGUUGAAAGGCAGCUAUGUUAUUACCGGAAAGGAGCAAAACCGUUCUAUGUCAUAUGGACGUGGAUUUCUGAAAUGCUUAUUUUUGCCGUGGUCCCUCUAUUAGUGUUAAUUUUCAAUAUCCUUGUAAUUCGCGAAAUCAAACUUUUAACGCGGAGAGCUUCUUUUAGGAUGCACCGCGAUAGUAAUAAUCGCGGAAACGCAAAUCAAACAUCGACCGUUACGCUUCUAUCUGUCUCAUUUUAUCUGAUUUGCACUUUACUACCAGCAACUAUCGUAUAUGCAAUGCAAUCAGUGAUCAAGACUGGGGAACAUACAAUACCAUACAAUAAAUGGUCGGAGGACCCACAGUGGCAAAAAUAUCUGAUUUAUUUCACUAUCAGAAAAAUUGUAGAAGAAAUUACGUUUUCAAACUACGCGUGCUAUGUGUUCAUUUAUUACAUAACUGGGUCAUACUUCAGAACGGAAGUUCAUAAAAUUCUGUGUUUUAGACUGUGCCGCAAUAAAAGUAAAAGAGAUGUUCAGAGGACAUCAACGAAGACAAGUACCCAUGCUGAGCAGUAUACUUUGAUAACGACAAACGGCAAACAGGAAAUUUGUCAAACUGAAACUGCAUCUGUUGCUGUUUAAUUUUAUGUCAUUAUUUGUUGUUGUUUUUCUUGUUGUGCAAGAAUUUCUGCAUAAGAACAGGAUAAUACCACUAAAUACAUGUAUUUUCCUAGGUUAUUUCAAUAUGAAAUCUAAUUUGAAAUCUCAAUAAUUCAAACUGGUUAGAUUUUCUUGCUUGUCAAAAAGCGGUAAAGCUGCUUCAUCAAAAAACUUUAUAAAAUGAACACAAUUGCGUUUAGUUUGACACACGAACAUCUCAAAUCUCACUAAAUAUUAGAUUUAUCAUCUCUGUAAGUUCUUCUUUUGAACGUGUAUGAUAACAUUGCAUUUUUUUAUUAAGUUAUGCUGAUUUUCUUUCGAGAAACAUAAUUUCUUAAUAUGUUUGGCGUGACAUCUGUUAUCUAAUCCUUUAAAUUCUGAAUAGAGUUAUAUUUUGUAAUCUUUUAGAUAAAGGCUUUUUGAAAUUUGCAAAAGUUAAUGUCGCCUGAAAUUCUUAUUUUAAACAAUAAGGUUUUGUUUGCUAUGUCUGUUAUUUUUCUAAUCCAGUAAAGCCAAAGAAAGUGGAACGGUGUGUAAAUAAAAACAACAUUUGUUUUCCUACAUAUUUUUUUCGUAUGUAUUUUUUUUUCAUUUUUACAGCUCGUUUUCCUUUUUAUCUGUGUCUUCUUUUUUACAAUUGGCGCUUUUUACAAUUUGCUUUUUAAAUAUUUGCAUUUUAAGAGAAACUUAUCAGAAAAAGAAACAAUGUUCCGGAAAAGGCGGAUCAAAUAGCUACCUUGUUCAACAACAGUAUAAACCAUUUUUCUUGUACAACAAACAUAAGGCUGAAUAUUUUUCUAUCUUAACCUAUAUAUAUAGAUUUUCUAUUUCCUGGUCGCAUACAAACAGAGCGCUGACUCGUUCCACGUAACACUAUUACACUUCAACAAUAAUUUAAAAAAUAGGUGAUUGUGUGUUAUUGUUCAAAUAUAUUAUUAAAUGUCUUGUCUUAAAUACUUGCAUCUCAAUAACUAUUCAAUACAGCCCUAAGAUCCUCUUCUGUUGAGGAAAAAAUGGCAGUAUACUCUUUUAAAUGUUAUCUAAAAAAAUAAUAUUGUUUUUGUUUGUUUGGUUUUACGGCGCACCAACUCAAUUUAGAUCAUGUGGCGCCGACACAGGAUAGAUGACUUUGGCUAACAUCGAGUGCUACAAACUAACAGUAACAUCAGGGGUCAAAUCCACUUCACCUCCCAGAGCUAACAAAUGCAUAGACUCAAGUUAUUCUAACCGAUUAAGUCGCCUCUAACGACCAAGCAGGGCUAAACGGUGGCUGCAAUUCGGAUGCCUCAACCCUUAAAGACAACUCCUCAGCCGCAAGGGGAAAAUGAUAUUAAUCAGUCCUUAAAUGUUAAUUUAAUUAUCAGAUAACAAACAACAAAACACCGCGUCUCAAUUAAAUCAUAACAUGCUUGUACAUAUAUCGUUAUUUAUAUUUUCA